AUCAAUUAACUGAUCGACUUUUCGUUAUUAAAGGCAACCCAUAAAACCAGUUGGCAAUCGGCAAACCCCAACCAAUAAACACACCGCCACCGCCACCGCCACCGCCACCGCCACGGCUGCUAUAGAUGGCGGAAGAAGAAGUGGUAGCAGAAUUGGAGGCAGUCCUGGCGGUGUACGGCGACGAUUGCCAUGUAAUCGAAGCUUACCCUCCCCAUCUGCACGUCCACCUAAAACCGCGUACCGCUGAAAUCUCCUCUCAGCAGUUUGUUGAAGCAACUAUUGGGAUGCGGGCUGGUCCCCAGUACCCUGAAGAGCCGCCGGAGAUUAGUAUUAUUGAUUCCAAGGGUCUUGAUGAGCAGAGGCAGAAAAAUCUUCUAUCUAGCAUCCGUUGCAAAGCUUUUGAACUCAUUUCCUGUUUAAUGCUCGUGACACUUUGUGAGGAAGCAGUGGAGAGGCUCUCUAGUAUGAACCACCCUGAUGGAGACUGCCCAUUAUGUUUACAUCCAUUACUUGAUGAAGAUGGCGGUAGCAAUUCGUUACCCUUUAUGCAGUUAAUGUCUUGUUUCCAUUGCUUUCAUUGUGAUUGCAUCAUCAGAUGGUGGAAUUGGAUCCACCUGCAAAGUGAAAAAGAGAUUACGAGUUCAUCGUCUUCAACUUCUCGUAGGACUACACAAUACCAACAAGAUCGCAAAAUGAUGGAAGAAAGUAUGGGGACAUGCCCGGUCUGUCGUAAAGUUUUUCUUGCCAAGGAUAUUGAACAUGUGCUCAACCUUGUUGGGACUGUUGGCCGUUCGGAUUCUGAUGGGGUCGAUAUUGAUGGAGACGUUCUUCAUUCUGAAUCUGAAAAGAUUAGGAGACAAAAAUUUGAGGCCAUAUUAAAAAUUCAAGAAGAAAACAGUGGCUUGAUUGAAACCAAGAAAACUGAGGUCCUAUUGCCUGGUAUGUUUCUUCCCCAAUCAAUUCCCUUACCCUCGACAGAAUCUGACGCGAUAUCUGGUGAGCCACAAAAUAGAAGUUCAACUGUCAAAUCCGAUACAAUUCCAGAAAGUUCUAAUAACAGGCCCCGCCACAGAAAGAACAAAAAUCCUAAUAUGAGGAAGCACAGGACUCAAAGUUCAAGUAACCAAGUAAGACACUGGAUUAGGAAAGACGGUAAUGUUUCAGAAAAUUAAGUAAAUUAUUCGUAUUUACUAUUUUUUGGAGGUUCUUAAGUUAGAAAAAGGGUGAUUUCGCACAUUGUGGACAUCGAUCUUUUUUCAGCAUUGAGAUAAUUCCACCGAUUGAUUUCGUGUGUAAUUUUCAUGUCUGAAUUAUGGGUGACAUAAAAAUUUGCUGGUGUAAAGAACUAAAUCCAACAUACUAUUAGGAAGUUAAUGCUUUGGGCCUCUCUCCCAGCUAACUGAUAAUGAAUUCGGACGGACAACGGGCAGAUAUCUGUGCACUUGUGCUGAAUUAUUGACAGUAAUGAUGGGUUGAAUUGAUAGGUAGAGAUGACUUGCACAGGUGUUCUUGUCCCGAGAUUUUUGAGUUUUUUGUCCGAAUAGAAGUUCCUUUUUCGACAUGCCAAGGUGGAUUUUGUUAUUAUUUAUUUGUGGUGAAAAUAGUUUUUAAUCUGCUUAUCGUACUUUUUUUUUUUUAAGUCCUCCGUUUAAGGCUAUGGAGAAAGUGUCGAGCCUGUUAUAAGAUGUUCAAACGUCUUGCUCGGAGUAUUUGAUUAUAUUGUGAUGCAAGUUUCUGGUAUGUAUGUAUGUGACAUUUCCUUUCUUUUUGUUGGUUCAGAUUUUCUAGUAGGUGGGCA